AGAAGCAUGUCAACAGCUAGGUUUACUAAAGGAUGAUAAACAUUGGGAUGAUGCAUUAGCGGAAGCAAAUGAAACAAAGAAGUCGAGUAGUAUAAGAUCAUUAUUUUCAAUUAUUUUGACUUCAUAUUUAGAUCAUACAGAUGAAAUAUUCAAUGAAACUCUMAUUAUUAUAGAAGAUAUGUGUUUAAUAAUAUCAGGGAAAAAUUUAAAUCAAUGGGGAAUAACUCCUCCUUUUCGAACCGAAAAUAUAUCAAAAGAUUCAGAAAUCAUUCGUGAAACGUCGUAUGAUAUUGAAAAACUGAAUGCAUAUAUCAAUAYUAAUAAAUUAUUAUUAAUUGACGAUCAAAAAAAGGCAUUCCAAACAAUUAUGAAAAACAUUAUAGAAGAAAAAGAGGGCCUUUUCUUUUUAGAUGCUCCAGGAGGCACAGGGAAAACAUUUUUAUUGAACUUAAUAUUGGCAGAAGUACGAAAAAGUGGAAAUAUAGCAUUAGCAGUAGCGUCAUCUGGUGUAGCAGCUACCCUAUUACAUGGAGGACGUACUGCUCACUCAGCCUUGAAAUUACCGAUUAAUUUCAAUUUAACAGAAGAACCUAUUUGUAAUAUUAUUGAUAAUCCUGCAAAUUACUUAAACAAACGAAUGUAA